AUGUUUGGCACAAAAUCCUUAACACAACCGCUAAUAUCCGAGUAUGAAGUUGAAACGCCAAAGAGGGCAACAAAAGACCAGACAGAUGCUAAGAAACGUAAGGAAAAUAAAAAAAGUAAUGACUUGACCAAAGUCGAUAAAGUUUUUGAUUUGGAGGAAUAUGGCGAUGAAGAUAAGGAUGAGGAAGAAAGUUCAAGCGAUCCGUUAAAUAAAAUUGCUCAACCGAAUAAGCAUUCUCACUCUCGCUCCCAGUCACCUAAACGUCAACGUUCACGGUCCAAUCUUCAAUCCUUUCUAGGUCUUCGUCAACGUUCUCCAUCGUUAUCCCCGACACAUUCACAAUCUGACCAUUCUUGCACGCGCUCUCCAUUAAUCAGGCACUAUCUAGAUUCGAUAAAAGUAAUAGAUAAUUCCAAACAAGUAUCCCGCUCUCGUUCUAAGACACCUAACCGUCAUCCUCCACGGUCUAAUCAUCAAUACUCUCCUAGUCCACGUAAAAGUUCUCCAUUGUUAUCAACACCAUCUCCAAAACCUGACCAUUCUCGAAUGCACUCUCCAGUAAUCAGGCGCCAUCCAGAUUCGAUAAAAGUAAUUGACAAAUCGAAACAACUUUCCCAACCUCGAUCCAACUCACCUAAACGUCGUCGUCCACGGUCUAAUCAUCAAUCCUCUCCAAGUCCACGUAACAAUUCACCAUCAUUAUCGAUAUCAUCUCAAAAAUCUGAUCAUUCUCGAAUGCACUCUCCAGUAAUCAGGCACAAUCCAGAUUCGAUAAAAGUAAUUGACAAAUCGAAACAACUUUCCCAACCUCGAUCCAACUCACCUAAACGUCGUCGUCCACGGUCUAAUCAUCAAUCCUCUCCAAGUCCACGUAACAAUUCACCAUCAUUAUCGAUAUCAUCUCAAAAAUCUGAUCAUUCUCGAAUGCACUCUCCAGUAAUCAGGCACAAUCCAGAUUCAAUAAAAGUAAUUGACAAAUCGAAACAACUUUCCCGACCUCGAUCCAACUCACCUAAACGUCAUCGUCCACGGUCUAAUCCUCAUUCCUCUCCAAGUCCACGUAACAGUUCACCAUCAUUAUCGAUAUCAUCUCCAAAACCUGACCAUUCCGUAAUACACGCUCCAUUAAUCAGGCACCAUGCAGAUACAAUGAAAGCAAUUGACAAAUUGAAACAACUUUCCCGACCUUGUUCCAAGUCACCUAAACAUUAUCGUUCUCGUUCUAAUAUCCGUUCCUCUCUUAGUCCACGUAAACGUUUUCCAUCGUUAUCGACAGUACCUGCAAGGCCUUACCAUUCAGGCACCCGCUAUUCAAAAUUGAGACACCAUCCAGAUUCGACGAAAGUAAUUAACAAAUCAAAACAACUUUCCCGCUUUCGUUCCAAGACACCUAAACGUUCACGGUCUAAACCUCGAUCCUCUCUAAGUCCAUGUCAACGUUCUCCAUAUCUAAAGCCUCACCAUUCUCGCACACGCUCUCCACUAAUGGGACUUUAUUCAGAUACGAUAAAAACAAUUGACAAAUCGAAACAACUUUCCCGACCUCGUUCCAAGUCACCUAAACGUCGUCGAUCUCGGUCUGAUUCUCGAUCCUCUCCUGGUCCACGACAACGUUCUUCACCGUUAGUCCCACCACCUCCAAAACCUCACCAUUCUCGCUCUUCAUCUAAUGCACAAUUACAUCAUGGUACACAGCAAUGUUCUUUUUGUGGCUCCCGAUCAAAUUCAAAAGAUCAACAAAGUGGCGUUUCUAAAAAAAUAAAAACAAAAUCUGUUGGAGUUCAGACAGAUGUUCUCUUUUCACCAUAUUACAACUGGAAGUGUCAGGCAAUUCCAGAAAGAAUAAGUGAUGAAGUGAAAGACAAAUUCCUGAAGUGUCAGGCCAUUCCUGAAAGAAUAAGUGAUGGAGUGCAAGACAAAUUUCCUGUUGUUCAACAGAUGUUUUUCAUUUUACCAUACUUUAAUCUACGCAUUUCGGAUCAAGUCCAAGAGAUCAAGUGA